AUUAUUGUUCCGUUUCAGUCCGUAUUCUGAUUGUUUCAGUCGAAAGUCGCAUUAUAUUGAACAAUCGGUGGAAAAUUGUUUUACGAAAAACUGGCUGUCAUACUUUAUAAUUGGCAAAUCCCUAGAUAUAAAACUUCGCCAGUUGUAAUUUUUGUGUGUAUGUGCAAUAAAAUCUUCACCGGUAAUAAAGACUCGUAAUUCAAUGGAGGAAAUCUCAAGUUUAGACUCAUUUCACACUGACGCCGAAUCAAGCGCUCGACCAGAAUCUGAGCCUCCUAAAAUAGACGAAGAUACAUCGCAAACUUCGAUGGAUAAAGUAGUUGAAGGUGAUGUCACUAAAGAUACCGAAGAAGGUAAUAACGAUGAAGACUUUGAGCAGAUUUCCGAUGGGUCUUUUGAAGUAGACGAAAAUUCAAAUGGGACAUCUUCAGGGCCACCCAAAGAUGAUGGAAAUAGUUCACAAGACAAGCUGGCCAGCGGUGAGGGUGAAGAGUGCGUUUUGGAAGAGAAUAAAACACCAGAGACAACGGAACAUAAGUCACAAGAAUCCACCGAUUUUGAAGCAGUAGAUGCAAAUGUAUCCGGUGGUGGCCACAAUGCUGCUGCUGAUGAAUCGGAUAUGUUGGGUGAGGCAGAUAUGACCUUACCAACCCAGGAUGAAGAAUUAGAUGCACCUGUGGAAUCAGCUGACAGAUCAGAUGAAGUUAUGGAUGUAGAUAAGGUUUUAGAUAAUCAAGCAGUUAGUGGUACCACAAUUGAAGCAGAUGCAACCGCAGAUGUAGAUAUGCCAUCUGUUAGUAACUCGCCAGCUGCGAAUUCAGCGACUCAAGUUGUUAAUGAAAAUGAAAAUGAUAAAUCGGUUGAGGAAGAAUGUCUUGACAUUAACGCCGAACAACAUGACGUAAGCAUGGAAGCACUGGAAGAGGAUGAAGCUGAAAACAACAGUGGUAAAGGUGAUGCCAUUGAAGAGAGUGUCGACCACGAAGUGGAUACAAAUGAUGAAGUGGAUAAUAACAAUGAGGAAGGGGACAUUGCAACUGACGGAGGGGCUGAUCCAGGAAAACAAAAGGAAACAGAUGAAGACGAGGCCGAUACAGCGGAGAAAGUUUCAGACGCCAGAGCGGGUGAAGAAAUUGAACCAGAACGAGAAGAUGAACCAGUUGAAAAUGUACAAGAACCGGAGGAUUCAGACAUAUGUCUUAUACCAGAUGAUCCGGAGAGCGAAGUAACAGAGGCAGAAAAGGAGCAAGCAAUUCUGGCGCGCGAGAAUGCCGAAAAAGAGGAUGCAGAGGCGGAAGCGGAAGCAGAAGCAGAAAAAGGAAAAGGAAAGGAAGUAGAAGAUGCAGCAGCUGUUGAAUUAGAUGAUAUUUCGGGCGAAAAGCAGAAUUCGACUUCAAUGGAGGGUGAUACCUCUCCAAUUGAUAGUACUGUCGAAGCCGAAGCUCAAGCUGAUUCAGCUGGAGCUGAAGCCCCUAACGCUGAUAAUGGCAGCAGCGAAGAACCACUUCCAGCUACAACCGAGGAAGCUGCUGAACCAAACGAUGCUGAUGAACCAUUGUUGGAAGAAAUGCAAACUAGCACUUCUGAAGCGGGCUCUACACCAAAAAUUAUUAUUGCAUGGAUUAUUUCGUCAACGCAGAAGUGUGUACAGUGCGAUGUCGAGAAAGUUUGUGGUUUCCGAUAUAAAAAUCCAGAUAAUGGUAAAUUUGAAUAUUUAUGCGAACAAGAAUGUUGCGAUGCUAUUUUGUCUGCAAAUCCCGGCAAGUAUUUUAUACGUCGAAAGAAAUUUCUUAUAGAGGAGUUGAUAAAUGAAAAAAAGGAUGCUGACUCAAAUGAAAAAGUUGUCGACGGAAGUGGUGACGGUGACGGUGACGAAAAGUCCACCGAGAUAGAGAAUAAUCCACACUCCCACUCGUGUUUACAAUGCAAGGAAGUCAAGUCUUGUAAAUAUUUCUUUCGUCAAGAUGACGAACAACACUAUAUAUGUAGCGAUAUUUGCUACAACCUGUUAAAUUCGGAAGAGCCUGAUAAAUUCAAAUUAAAACGACAUUCAAUAAGAGUACGAAAUAUUGGUUCUAAUUUAACAACAACAAUGUCACCAACAACAGCAUCCUCCGGAUCAAACGCUAAUGCAGCAACUGGAACUAAAACAAAAACUCCCCGAGAAACAGGUGUUGUUGCUCGUACUUCAGCGGAAGCGGAAGCAGCCCGUUUGGAGCGAAAUGCCAGUUUUAUGAGGCGAUGUGCAGAAUGUUUCAAUGAAGUUACAUUAGGGGACAAAAAUUUGUUAUGGGAGACCAUGGACUUUUGCAACGAAAUUUGUCUUGGAAAGUACCAACGUACAAUUGGCGCAAAUUGUCAAACGUGUCAUGGAGAAGUACCCCAUCCAGCUCUCGGAAAGUAUUGUGUCCGUUUUGGUUUUGAUAUUCGCCAAUUCUGCUGCGCAGCAUGUCUAAAUGAAUUCAAAAAAGGCUUGAAAACCUGUUCAUGCUGUCAAAAAGAUAUUUCAUCAGGCAGUGAAGGUUUCCUUGCACCAGUUGGUGAUAAGGAACAGUUCAAGGAUUUCUGUUCACAGGCAUGUAUGCGUCGUUACGAUAGCAUGUGUAAUCCUAAAAAGAAACUUCGUAAUGAUACUUGCGCAGUAUGUAAUAAUGAUAAACCUGUUCGUGUGGAAAUCAUGCUAGAUGGAAAGGAACAUAAUUUUUGCUCAAAUCCUUGCUUUUCAGCUUUUAAAUUCGUAAGCAAUAUUGUUGCCGACCAGUGCGCAAUGUGUUCGAAAUACUUUGAACGUAAAGGCGCUGAAUCUUUUACCAUAUAUACAGAAAGACGAACUAAAGUAUUCUGCACACGUGUUUGUCUUAAUGUGUAUAUAAUCGUUAAUAGGCGAAUUGUCUCUUGUCAAUGGUGCAAAGUGAAAAAGUACAAUUUCGAUAUGAUAUACAAACAGCAGGACGCACAAGAAAUACUUAUGUGCUCUUUAAAUUGUUUAACAUUGUAUGGCGUAUCUAUAAAUGCCUUUUCGCGUACUGUUGCAAAUUGCGACAAUUGUAAUACAUCUGCCACACCGCAAUACCACCUCACCAUGUCGGAUGCCUCAAUGCGUAAUUUCUGCACAUAUCAGUGUGUAAUGCAGUUCCAGAGUCAAUUUGCACGUGCUCCCCUCACUUUGGAAAACGACUCGCCCUCAACACAACAGACACCUACAGUAGGUCAGACAGGGUCCAAUAAGAACAAUGUUCCAUUUCCUACAGGUCUACCAAAAAGGGUUAAAUUGAAGUUUCCGCAACAACCCAAGCAGCAAAUUCAGAUUAAACUUCCUACAAAAACAACGAUAUCGAAUAAAAAGGGCCCUACAAUGCCUGUUAUAUCAACGGUAUCAUCUUUGGCAAGCGGUGAAACUGAAACAAUGAUAGGCAAUGUAACAGUCCGUCGGGGUAGAAUUAGGGGACGUAAAGUAGAUUCACCACCUCCAUUACCAGCAAUACCUGCAACUACAACAACUAAUGCCAUCUCCAGAGGUCGACCAAGAAAACAAGUAGAUUAUGCUGUCUCUCCAUCUCCUCCACCUUUGGAGAUUCCCACUUCAACGGCAAAAUCUGUUGGAAAGAGAGGACAAGGCACUUCAGUUUCCACUCAUGUUGAAAAGGGCGUGGGAGAAACCAGAAUUAUCGCUGUACCACCUUAUCCACCUGCUGUUCGUAAUGUGCAGACCAGUUGCAAACCGCAAACUGUUACAGUUGGUUUUCAAACUACACCGAACACAACGAACGCAGCUACACAAACUGGCAAGGACUACUCGAACAAGGUGCUAAUACCAGUGCCUGUGCCAAUCUAUGUACCACAGCCUAUGUACAUGUAUUCUGCACCGUUUCCUGUGCCAGUGCCUAUCCCAUUACCUAUACCCGUACCAAUUUUCAUACCAACAACAAGGAAUUCUGCACAGGGAAUACUUAAGGAAAUAAAAAAAAUACAGGAUAAAAUGCCAGCUGAUCCAUUUGAAGCUGAGCUGCUUAUGAUGGCUGAAAUGGUAGCUGAAGAAAAGCACGAAUCUGAUUCGGAUUCUGAAGAUGAGGUUAAAACUGAGCCAAGUUUGGUUCCAAUCCAAUAUAAUAAUGAUGUGCAACCUGUUGAGGUCGCAAACAAUUCAUAUGGCGAAGAAGUACUACAGAUGGCAUUAAAAAUGGCAACUGGAGAGUAUGAUCAACCUGCAGUAGAUCUUGAAUCAGCAAUGUCGGCAAAUGAAAUAACAAAUCCACCACCAGGAAUGGUUGGACAUGAUGACUCUAUGAGUCACAUGAGUGCACAUCAUAUGCAGCAACAACCACACCAUGUAAUGGAACCGCAACGUGCUGGACGCGGACGCAAAAGAGGUGGCUUAACUUCGCCAGUAUCGCCACGCAGCAAUAAUCGAUCGCCAGUGAAACGUUCUAGACUUGAUAUAGAACCUGCACAACCACCGCCACAACCUGUACAACCUGUGGAGAAACCCGAUGCAAAUAUGUGUCUGAAGUAUACCUUCGGCGUGAAUGCCUGGAAACAAUGGGUAAUGACUAAGAAUGCCGACAUCGAAAAGAGUACGACAAGGCGUCGGCCGUUUAAAACGGAGCUUUUGCAAAUGACCGCCGAUGAAUUGAACUAUUCAUUGUGUCUAUUUGUUAAGGAAGUGCGAAAACCAAAUGGCACAGAAUAUGCUCCAGAUACCAUCUACUAUUUGGUGUUAGGUAUUCAGCAAUAUCUGUAUGAAAAUGGGCGAAUAGAUAAUAUUUUCACGGAUCCCUAUUAUGAACGUUUUACCGAUUGUCUGGAUGAGGUGGCUCGUAAAUUUUCUGUCCUCUACAACGAUUCUCAAUACAUAGUUACCCGUGUCGAAGAGGAACAUUUAUGGGAAUGCAAGCAACUGGGUGCUCAUUCACCACAUGUUUUACUCAGUACACUUAUGUUCUUUAAUACAAAACAUUUCAAUUUAACGACUGUAGAAGAGCACAUGCAAUUAUCGUUCUCUCAUAUAAUGAAGCAUUGGAAACGUUCAGCACAAAAUGCUAAAAUGCCCGGCACAAGAAAUGUAUUAUUACGAUUUUAUCCUCCACAAGCUGGUCUUGAUGCUAAUCCACGAAAGAAAAAAGUUUACGAACAACAGGAGAACGAAGAAAAUCCUUUACGUUGCCCGGUUCGUCUAUAUGAAUUCUAUCUUUCUAAAUGUCCGGAAAGUGUAAAAACGCGAAAUGAUGUAUUCUAUUUACAACCUGAACGUUCUUGUGUGCCCGAUUCACCAGUCUGGUACUCGACACAAGCGCUGAGUCAGGAAUCUCUUCAAAAGAUGUUACAUCGGGUCAAGAUGGUUAAGGAGAUCAACAUUGCACUGCUGACGAGUUAAUACGAUAUGGUUUUGCCAACCAGCAGCAGCAUCAGCAGCACAUCUAAUACUAACAUCCCUAACACUUAUAGUCAUAGUCGCAGCCAAUCAAAUCAGCACCAGCAUUCGGCGCUGCAGACGGCCAUAAAUGCGUUGCGCUGUUUGUUUCCACCUCUUGGGUAGACAAAGUGCCAAUUUUCAUGUCGCACUUUUCAUAAUUUAUCUUUGUUUUUUUUUCCUAUUUGAAGCGACUAUUUCAGCACUGUUCGUUGAUCUACUCAGCAAGUCAGUUUCUAAGAAUUAAGUGAGAAUAUAUAAUUGGUACAGAUUUGCUAUAACUGAUAAAAAAAAAAAAAUAAAAUAAAAUAUAUAUAUAAUUUUAAUAUAAAUAUGUACAAUGUACUAAUAUUAAAGUAAAUAUAGAAUUUUUAAUUUUCUGGAACAUUACAUACGUAUGUAUAUGAAAUUCAUGAAAAAUAAUGAAAGGUGGUACCCAUAUAUUAACACAGUUAUAUAAUUCACAAGCCAUGUAUUUAUCGUAUUUUUAUAUCUCACAACUAAAAUAUCCUAUUCAAGGAGUUGAUCAGACCAUUGGCGGAAAUGAAAAUAAUAUGAAAUCAAAAUAUAUAAUUUAAAAAUAUCUAGAAGGAGCGAAAAAGAAUAUAAGAUAUGAUUUAUCUGAAAUAUGAAACACGCUAGAUGGACAUGCUUUUCAUAGUCGUAUUAAAGACAAGGCAUACGACUAAUGUAUAAACUCUAUAUACGUAUGCGUACAUGUAUAUAUAAUUACUACAAUUAUAGUAAUACCAGGUCGGUGUGACCGUAGAGAAAAAAUUAUAAUUUUGUUUUAUUGUUAAAAAUGAACAAUAAAUAUUUCAAGGCAUUGUUGUCAUUCAGAAUGUAUUUGUAUGUACCGAAAAUAUAUCGUUUUAAUGUGAGUUUUUUUUUCCUAAUUUAUGAUAUCGAAUUAUUCCUAUCAAUUAUGUUCACAUUCAUUCAAAAAUCUCUAAGUAAAAGUGAAAAAGAAUCAUAAUAACAUAAAAAGAGAUAUGGUAAAUAUUAAAUGAGAAAUUGCAAACACUAAUGGUAAAUUUUUGAAUUAAAAGAAUUCGCUACUGCUUUUAUCAAAAUUAUUUACACCAAUUAAAACUGUUUUAGCGAUAUAUUAACAUUUUAUUACAACAACGUUUUAACGAAUGCUUUAAAAAUCUUACAAAAAUCUGUACGUACAUAUACAUACGUGUAUAUAAACUACAAUUCCGAAGUGUAAAAAAGUAUUCGAUUUACAUUUAUGUAGAGCUGUCUAACUGACGUAAAUGUCAUAAUUAUGUCUCGAAGUUAUAAUAAAUUGGCAAAUACAAUAAUUUCUGAUCAUUUCUUAAGGUGUAUUGUGAAUAGGCAUAAAUAAAAACAUAUUUGAAUAGCAACUUACACAUGCCCCAUCAUUUUUUGAGCUAAGCGUAAUUUUAUCAUACACACACAUACUAACUGCUGCAGUAACAAAAUUAUAGUUAUAGAUUCAUACAUGUAUUAAAGCACCUAUGUAUACAUACAUACAUACAUACGUACACGUACAUAUUUUUUAUAAACCGGAUAAGAAAACAUUGCAAUGAAAUGAGAAGUAUGGAAUUUAGAGUCCCCAAUAAUUACAUUCAGUACUUUUUAUUCUUUGUGUAAUAUGGUACUAUGGCCAAUGUAAAAUUAAAAGGAUAUAUGCAAUACACAUUUUAAACUAUUGUAAUAGUUUUAUUUUGUUGUUGAAAAAAAUAGGGGAGGUUGUAGUUGAAAAAUAUGACCGAGGAUAAUGAUUUUUUUUUUACUAGUUUCGUAAGCUAUCAAUCUGUAAAUUUCUAAAGAACCAUUUAAAAUAAAGAAUUAUUUCUCUUAAUAUUUGAUAUUUAAAGUUCU